CAUUGAUGAAGCCAAGUAGACCACAUCCUUUCACUGCAGACAUUCAAACUCGACAUUCAUACGAACAGGACAGAACUACUCACUACCACGACAACCAUGAAGGUCGCAACCGUAAUCGCCGCAUUGGCCCUCGGCGUCGCCGCCUUGGACAAACCACUCGACAUCGAAAAGACACACACAGUCGAAUGCACAACCAAGACCAAAGUCGGCGACAAAGUAGAAAUGCACUACCGCGGCACCUUGGCCUCCGACGGCAGCGAAUUCGACGCCUCCUACAACCGCAACCAACCCCUCUCAUUCACACUGGGCAAAGGCCAAGUGAUCAAAGGCUGGGACGAAGGCCUGCAAGAUAUGUGUGUAGGAGACAAGAGGAAAUUGACGAUUCAGCCGGAAUAUGGGUAUGGAGAUCGGGGAAUUGGUCCGAUUCCUGGUGGAGCGACGUUGAUUUUCGAGACGGAGUUGGUGACGAUCAACGGAAAAGGCGCAGAACCGGCCGCAGCGAACGACGAGCUAUGAGCAAGAUGACCCGAAAACGCGAAGUGUGAAGAUUAGCAGCCAGUCUGCGUGAAUGAUAGAUUCUGCAAUCGGAAAAAAAGUCAUGGUGCUCUGUUGCUCGGUCCGGAGAGAAGCCAGUCUCAAUUCACUAAUAACCGUACCGUCUUGGUAUUAGUCUCGGGCACCGAAACCAUCUGCCAUAGAACAUCCUAUCUUUUGGCAUUGGUCUGAAAUAUCCCGAAUAGCUCGUCGGCGGUGCGAGAAAUACGACGGCAAGGAAAAAGGAAAAUUUUCUUCAGAGUGCAACACUGUCUCGUGCGUGAGACACAGUCCCGUCACUGAACCAGGUCUUGGAACAUCCAGUGCCGGCUGAUGACCUAGGAUUGUGCUAUAGUAAUAGAGUAGUAGGAUUGGUUCGAGCUCAUUCGGAGUUCGCUGCGAAGUAUUAAUGCUGACUCACUCUGCACCAGAC